GUUGCACGUUGUGCCGACGUUUCUCGUGUGACAGCCGCGCGUUUUUGCCGACGCGUUUUAAUCGUUUACGCUUAACCUAUAGCCAGGAUGUGCUAAGUGGCUGAGAACAAAAUCCACCUGAAGAUGCCGCAAAGAACACCCAGUCCCGCCAACUCCGAGAUUUCGGUGGGCUCACCCAGUCCGCCGCCCAUGAGAUCCGUGAAUAUGAAGCGUUUGCGGCUGUUGAGGAGUCCUGUUAGCCUGGAAAAUGAACGGCAAAAGUCAUCACCUGUAAGGAUCAAGAGCUUUUCUAUAGCCGAUAUCCUGGGAAAAGGAAAAGACGAAGAUGGUCGUGAGGAGAAGAAGCCAGAAAGGAAUACAGUUCCUAAUGUUUUGCCUGGAGUUCCUGCUCCUCUGAUGCUAAUCAACGAAAGAUUACAAAUGCCUCUCGUGCAGACUUGUCCCCCGCCAGCUGCACUGCAUCCUUUUCUGUCGCCCGCUUUACUACAUAGUUAUGAGCAGCGCUUGGCCUGGGACUAUCAGCGCCAGCUGCAGGAGCACUUUCAAGCCCAGGCGCAUCUCCUCCGCCACAUGACCUUGAAUCCCGCGAUCAUCGCCUCCGAGGACGGCAGUUCAGAACGUUCCCAGCGAUCCAGUAGUAGCAAUGGCAGCACCGACUGCUGCAGUCCCAGACAGGUGGAAAAACUGGAAAAACUAACCACCACCCAAGAGGUUGGCGAUGAAGCUCAGAAGAAGACGCCGGAGGAGCAGGCAACGGGGGCAGGAAAAUCAAAUGGAGACACUCCUCUAGAUGCCCUCUUUCAGCUGUCUACCAAGAACUUUGACGAAGAACAAGAUCCCGCCACGCUGAACAUAUUUGCCACGCGAUCCAAUCCAAAGAAGAAACGCAAGUCCCGCACAGCAUUCUCCAAUCAGCAGAUCUUCGAGCUGGAGAAGCGCUUCCUAUACCAAAAAUAUCUAUCGCCAGCGGAUCGCGAUGAAAUAGCCGGCGGCUUGGGCCUGUCCAAUGCUCAGGUCAUCACUUGGUUCCAAAACCGACGGGCCAAACUCAAGAGAGACAUGGAGGAGCUGAAGAAGGACGUGCAGUGCGAGAAAAUACCCGACCAGUCAGCAGAUCCCAAUCGCUCGCAGCUCCACCACCAUCAGCAUCACCACCACCCAUCACUGCACAUGCAGAGCUUAGGAUUGGAUAAGGAUAAGGAUCGGGAUCGGGAUCGAGAUCGGGAUCGAGAUCGGGAGAAGGAUAAAGACAAGGAGGAGCUGCGCAUGCUGAAGCUAAUGACCCUGAUGCGCUACUCGGAUGGCAAGUUGCUAUACACGCAACCAUCGGCAUCUUAUUUGCCCCCACAGGCUAAACAGUGAUUAGCUUAAAAUGUAAACUACUAAGAAUAAACGCUUUUAUUCGUUUCUAAUUUGCCAAAAAAAAAAACAAUAUAUAAAGAACCGCCCAGUGUCCGAAGGAAUUGCAAAUUUCUUUAAUUUUAUUUCAUUAAUAAAAGUAUUACAAAAUCUAUUUUAACUAUAUUUAAAGGCACUGUGCAUGUACUUAAAAUAAUAAAUAUUUAAUGAAUUUAUGCUAUAUUAUAAAACGCAAUCACAUUUUGCUUGUGCUAAGCUUAAUUCAAUUAUUUUUAACUGUAU